AUGGACCCGCGCGACCCUGCACGACAUCCGAGUGCUCCUGAAGCAGACUUGACGCGGAGCAUGGAUGAGGACUCUAUGGUGGACGGCCCUCUGAUCUCUGCUGAUGCUCUGCACUCGGUCAUCAGGAGGGAGUUCCAGUCUCUGCCCACACACGUCCCAGCGGUUCUGCUUUCAGUUCUACAUGUGGUGUAUGUUAUCUUGUCAAUUGUGGUGACCAUCAUGUGCAUCUUGGAAGAAGAUUAUGAAGAGCAGUGUCAUGACAUUUUGCAGUCUGUUGGAGGAGACGGAGCCAUAGUGUUUGGUAAAGUCUUUUUAUGGGCGCUUGUUUUACUGUUUACCAUCUGUGUCAAAUACCACCACCGGCAAGUAAGAAGCAGAGGCUACCUGAGAUUCUACAGACGUGUGCAAGAAGUUAUCCACAUGCCCCUUGUUUUUCACUCUGGAGGCAAUGCUCUGCUGCUGUGGAUUCUGGCUGCGAAAAUGCCACAGAAACUGAAGACGUACCUUGUACUCGCUGUUUUGGUCGUGGAACUUCUGGUUGCAUUGCCGUGUUUGAUGUACUAUACAGUUAAAGUGAUGCAGUUUAACAUCCAAAGAGCAGCACCCGAUGUCAGCCAGGAGGAGCAUCUACACAGCUUCAGUGUGACCAGUGUGCCCACGGAGACUGGCUUUAGGGAGGGCUCCUGUCUGGCAGAGGUGGUGGACAAGCAGGCCGACCUAAUCGAGUACCUGAAGCAGCACAACAAACUUCUGAGCAGGAGACUUCUGAACCUCACUGCUCAGCACUAG